GGAACCUAAAACAGGAAGAAGUAAAAGCGGAAGUAGACAACGCUCGACGAUAGACGGCAGGCGAGAGCGUGAAGACAGCGGAGAGAAAUCAAGUGAAAACAUCCAAAAUGUUGAAAGAGUUGGUGAAGGAGCGACUCAUGGCGGCGGCCGAUGAAAUAUUCGCGCUGUUUGAAAGAACCAUAGCGUCGUACGAGGAGGAACUUUCUAGAACAAGAGAGAAGGAGCGACAUCCACAACAACCGGAAGCUGUUUGCAAAACUCCAUUUGUGUUACACAAUAAAGAUGUCCGGCAGCCGAUUGGUCCUCAAGAAGAACAUGCGCCUCAGCUACAGGAAGGCAUGUCCACCUUGAAGCAGGAGGAUCCACAGCCCCCCUACAUUAAAGAGGAAGCUCAGCAACUCUGGAUCGCUCAGGAGGGAGAGGCUGAUCUCGGUCCAUUGCAAGUAAGUGGUGUCUCUUUGAGGACUGAAGACCAUGAAGAGAAACCUGAGUCCUGGCAGCUUCAUCGCAGUCCAAGUGAGGAGGACAGAGGGGCGGAGCCUUCAGGCAGCUGCUCAUCACAACACAUAACAGAAGGUGGAGCUCCUCUAUCAGAAAGUGAGGACAUAACGUCAAACUCUCUUAAGGAUGAAAACCGGGGCGCCACCCAACAACCUUUGAGCGGCGAUACAGACUGUGAAGGUGAUAUCAGGACUCCAACUGACAACAAACAUUCCGAAUACUGUAAAAAGAAGACAGGUAAAGAAGGUUUAACUCACACAGGGGAAAAACCAUUAAGUUGUCCAGUUUUCCGUAAAGGCUUCUCUCAGAGAAGUAAAAUGAAAUCACACGUGAGAAAUUUCCACGCAGAAAAAAUGUACAUUUGCUCAGUUUGCGGUGAUGUUUUCCCCCUUCAUAUUCAAUUGACUCGACACAUGGAAAAACACACUGAAAUACCUUUCAGUUGCUCAGUUUGUGACGAAAGGUUCCUUCACCGGGCUGAGCUGGUGUCACACGUGGCGAUACACGAGGGCGAAACGUCUUUUAAAGGCUCAGCCUGUGAUCAAAGCUUCCCGACGGUGGCCCAGUUCGACACACACAUGACAACUCACACCGGAGAGAAAAACGUUUGUCCAGUUUGUGGCAAAACGUUGGCAAGCGCGUACUAUUUGAGUUCACACAUGAGAAGUCACACCAGAGAAAAACCCUUUAGGUGCUCUGUUUGCGCCAGAAACUUUGGGAGGCGAUCCAGUCUGAAUGUACACAUGCGCAUCCACACUGGAGAAAAACCUUUUAGUUGUUCGGUUUGCGCGAUGAACUUUGCUCAUCGGUCCAGUUUGAAUACGCACAUGCAGACUCACACCGGACAAAAACCUUUUAGUUGUUUGGUUUGUGCGAAAAGUUUUACUCGCAAUUACUGUCUGAAAGUACACAUGCGCAUUCACACUUAAGGGAGGAACCUUUUCUUCGCUGCUUUGUUUUGGGGUAUUUUAACCAGGAACUUAUAACUUGUUCAAACAAUUAAAACACAAUUGCAAACAAUAAAUACAUCCAUCUGUCCAUCCAUUUUCUACCGCUUAUUCCCUUCGGGGUCGCGGGGGGCGCUGGAGCCUAUCUCAGCUGCAUAAAUAAAACCGACUGAGUGAACCUUCUUUAGCAGCUGUUGGGCAGUAAAGAAAUGGACCAGAAUCGGAGUUUUUAAAUCUUUAUUUUCUGUGCCCUCAGUUCAGUUUGGUCGAAAAUGUUGUUCUAUGUUUCACAUUGCCCAAAUAAACUGAGAC